AACUAAUGGAAGAGUUGGAUCAGGAUUAAAAGCGGGAAUAAAUGCAUUUGCUUUUAUACCAUGGUGAAAGAGAUGUUUGAGAUUCCGCAUUUCGUAUCCUCUUUCGACCGGGACCUUGUCGUCCCGACUAAUGGAUGUUGAUGAAGGUUGUGAUGUGAUGAAUGCAACAAUUUAUGUCCGAGCACGGGACAAGCUUGUUUGAGUGAAUCCUUAACGAGCCAAAAAAAAUCAAUAAAAAAACAGCAAAAGGUCAGAAAUUGGGAAAAGCGAAAGUUGAGUAGAGUGUAGAAGGAGAAGCAACAACGCAACAAUGGCUGUUUUUCCUUUCGCAAGGAAAGUAAAGUUCGAUCUUUGAUGGUCACAACUUCCACUGAAGAGCUUCCCAUGAAAGCUCCCGGAUUGCCCACAAAAUUUUGAUCGGUUCUGAGCUCUUUCCGGCCGAUCGGAUGGAUAGGAGGCUCUCCACGGUCGCCGGCAGCACCGUUAUUCUUUAUCUUCUCUUCUUUUCGCUGCCGUCGGAGGUGAGCUCGGCUUCUUUUAAGAUAGUCAACAAGUGCCGCCGGACGGUGUGGCCUGGCCUUCUGUCCGGCGCCAACACUGCCCAGCUCGCCACCACCGGGUUUACCCUCCGGAGCGGCGAGUCCCGGACCAUUACCAUCCCCCAGGCAUGGUCGGGUCGGAUCUGGGGCCGGGCCCUCUGCGGGAAGGACCCGCAGACGGGCCAGUUCUCCUGCCUCACCGGCGACUGCGGCUCCGGGAAGGUCGAGUGCGCCGGCGGCGGCGCCAAGCCCCCCGCCACCCUGGCGGAGUUCACCCUGAACGGCGCGGGGGGGCUGGAUUUCUACGACGUCAGCCUCGUCGACGGGUACAAUCUCCCGAUGCUGGUGGUCGCGAGGGGGAAGGGGCGGAGGCCGGCCAACGCAUCCUCCUCCGGCGGGAGCUGCAGCGCGACGGGGUGCCUUGUGGACCUGAACGGGGCGUGCCCGAGCUCCCUGAAAGUGGCCCGCAAUAACCGGAGUAGGGAGUCCGUCGCGUGCAGGAGCGCCUGCGAGGCGUUCGGAGACCCACAAUACUGCUGCAGUGGGGCGUACUCGACACCGGACACUUGCGCUCCAUCCCCGUACUCCCUUUUCUUCAAGAACGCCUGCCCACGGUCGUACAGCUACGCCUACGACGAUAAGACGAGCACUUACACCUGUGCCUCCGGCGACUACAUCAUCAUAUUCUGCCCAUUGCCUUACACAAGUCAGAAAGUCCUGAGUGCGAGAAAUGAUGGAGUCCCGCUGCCUCUGGUGAACAAGACCACGAUGUACCUUCCAAGCAAACACCCGAAUGCAGCUUCAUCCCCAGGCUCAGUCUUAACUUGAUGUCAGCCCAACUCAGCACUGCACGUUGGAAUGUCCAUGUUGCAGCAAGAGAAUGCUGAGUCUUUCGCUUUGCAUAUUCGUGUUCAUCUUCAACAGCUGGCACAGAAAAGGGCGCAUCGCUCUUUUAGCCCGAAACGCAAGCUUGGCACUCGAAAAAUCAAGCGGAUCAUCGCUUUACAGCAACGAAGGGUGGCCUCAGAUUUGCGGCAAUGAUGGAACAACAAAAGUGAGGGGUAUCCUCAUCUUUUUGCAUUUUCAUCUCUUCUGUUCUUACACCAAAGUCCCUCCCUUUUCUGAUCAAUAUCUAUUCCAUUUCUCUGCAAAAUCUGUGAAAGUAAAGUAGCUUUGAACGGAACAAAGUGGAUGGGUCUAGCCGUCUAGGUGGUUAGACACUUUUUUUUUUUUCCCUUUAAAAGUCGGUUUCAAAUAUUGUGAAUAGAAAAAAUGCAUUAUUGGGUGAGCUUUAACUCUUAGUUACCUUAUUGGACUGGAACUUAAAUUA